CUCUCUCUCUCUCACUCACGCACGCACGCACGCGCACACGCCGCAACCAUGUCCGACAACAAGCAGUUAACCCGCCCCCGCGAGACAGUCAAGGUCGCCUUUGACUAUGAGCUCGCCAACUGCCCCGGCAAGUCCAUCAUCGGCCUCCAACUCGAGCUCCCGCCUGGCGGCUGGACGCCUCCCCACAGACACGGAGGGGCACAGGUGGUCGCUCUCAUCCAAGAGGGCGAGAUGCUCAGCGGAAUGAAUGGAAACCCGCCCAGGGUAUACGGGCCGGAGCAGACAUUCAUGGAGCUCCCUGGAUGCCACCAUACCGUGGGGGAUAACAACAGCGCGACGGAGCGGUGCCGAUUCUUGGCCAUCAUGGUGGUUGACACUGAAACUAUUAAGACGGGAGGAUAUGCGGCCCUCACGGUGUUGGACGAGGAGUGGCGAAGCUAGAUCCACAUUGCCUCAAGCAGAAACGGGAAGUGAGGCAUACGUCGAAGUUUUCAUGUAUACUUUCUGAGUUCCCCUCGAAGACCCGUCUCUAAUUAUGCAACGACGUUGAACAGCCCGU